AUGAGCGGAAGGCGAUCAGUUACCACCCUUCUUCGCGCUGCCGCGCAGGCGCGUCGGUAUUCGUCGUCGUCGUCGUCAUCCGUGGCGACAGCGCAUCAGCCGGCGGUGUUCGUGGAUAAGACGACACGUGUGUUGUGUCAAGGCAUCACCGGAAAGAACGGCACCUUCCAUACGGAGCAGGCCAUCGAGUACGGCACCAACAUGGUGGGCGGCGUAGUUCCGAAGAAGGGCGGAUCGGAGCACCUGGGGCUGCCCAUUUUCAACACCGUCGAGGAGGCCAAGAAGGCCACCGGCGCCAACGCGUCCGUGAUCUACGUGCCGCCGCCAUUCGCGGCGGCGGCGAUCAUGGAGGCCAUGGAGGCGGAGCUGGACCUCGUCGUCUGCAUCACCGAAGGCAUCCCGCAGCACGACAUGGUGCGCGUGAAGGCAGCGCUGAUGCAGCAGAGCAAGACGAGGCUGAUCGGCCCCAACUGUCCGGGCAUCAUCAAGCCGGGCGAGGCGAAGCUGGGCAUCAUGCCCGGCUACAUCCACAAACCCGGCCGCAUCGGCAUCGUCUCGCGCUCCGGCACCCUCACCUACGAGGCUGUGAGUACCACCCUCACCUACGAGGCCGAGCAGGUGUACCAGACGACGCAGGUGGGGUUGGGGCAGUCGACAUGCGUGGGCAUGGGCGGUGAUCCAUUCAACGGCACCAACUUCGUCGACUGCCUGGACAAGUUUAUUAAAGACCCGCAGACUGAAGGCAUCAUUCUAAUCGGUGAGAUCGGAGGCAGUGCGGAGGAGGACGCAGCGGAGUUCAUCCGGGCGAGUGGCACCACCAAGCCCGUCGUGUCCUUCAUCGCCGGCCUCACUGCUCCGCCUGGCCGCCGCAUGGGGCAUGCCGGAGCGAUCAUCAGCGGGGGCAAGGGCACGGCGCAGGACAAGAUCAAGGCUCUGGAGGGCGCAGGGGUGACGGUGGUGCGCUCGCCUGCUCAGAUCGGCAACGCCAUGUUCGCUGCCUUCAAGGAGCGCCAACGCAUGUGGUCGGAGCAUGCAGCUAUAGCAGAGGGGCAGCUGAAGCAGAGGGGACUUGCAUUCAACACUUGUUUUCAACAUGAGUCGUAUGAUCGCACCGCUGCUUUGCUGACAGGGGAUGUGCACUUCAGGUGCGCUCAGCAAGUGUGCUUUGUGCUGUGCUGUGCUGUAUGCUGUGCAGUCAGCUUUGUGCUAUGUGCUAUGUGCUCUGUGCUCUGUGCUAUGUUCUAUGUGCUCUGUGCUGUGUGCUGUGUGUUUUGUGCUGUGCUGUGUGCUGUGUGUUAUGUGCUGUGCUGGGUGCUGUGUGUGUUGUGCUGUGCUGGGUGCUGUGUGUGUUGUGCUGUGCUGGGUGCUGUGUGUGUUGUGCUGUGCUGGGUGCUGUGUGUGUUGUGCUGUUCUGGGUGCUGUGUGUGUUGUGUUGUGCUGGGUGUUGUGUGUGUUGUGCUGUGCUGGGUGCUGUGUGUGUUGUGUUGUGCUGGGUGCUGUGUGUGUUGUGCUGUGCUGGGUGCUGUGUGUGUUGUGCUGUGCUGGGUGCUGUGUGUGUUGUGCUGUGCUGGGUGCUGUGUGUGUUGUGCUGUGCUGGGGGCUGUUACCAAGGAGGAUUAUACAAACUCCAUUGCUCCGAAUAGCAAGGCCCUCUGCCUGGUGUACGGCCGAGAUCUCGCGACGGCGGUACGAGCUGGCGGCGUCUGA